CGGACUUUUUAUCCGGACGGACCGAAGCGAGAGUCGGCUUCAAAAAAGACUUCAGUUUCGACGCCAAAGCAUCAAUUUUAUGUUUAUCCUUUUUACAUAAAGUUUAUUUUUUAUAUUUUUUCUUCUGUUUGGAGAUAAAAUGAAGUUUCGGGGUAAAAUAAUCGACGUCGCCUGUUUGAAUCAUUUCAGCCGCGUGGUCACCACCAUCUCUAAACUGACCAAGAUGUCUGUCCUGCGUCUGACUCCAGACAACCUGUUCUUUGUGCUGUUGGGUAAAGUAGCGAACGGCGGCGUGGGCAUGUGGUGCGAGCUGUCACAGGCCAACGUCUUCGAUGAGUACCAGAUGGAGGGUGUGUCCACUGAAGACAAUGAGAUCUGCCUGGAGGUGGCGCCAGAGAACCUGUCCAGAGCACUGAAAACGGUCCAGAAUGCCAAAGCGGUCAAGAUCAAACUGACCAAGAAACAUUGUCCCUGUUUGACUGUUGCUGCUGAGCUGCCGACUCUGUCCAACGUCAGUCGAGUUGUCACUCACGACAUCCCAGUAGACGUCAUUCCCAGGAGGCUCUGGCACGAGUUCAAAGAGCCCAGCAUGCCCGACUUUGAUGUCAGUGUCUAUCUGCCUCCUCUGAAGACCAUGAAGAACAUCGUGGACAGGAUGAAGAACCUUUCCAACUUCCUGGAAAUUGAAGCGAACCAAAACGGAGAGAUGAAGCUGAAGAUUGAGACCGACCUGGUUUCCGUCACCACUCACUUCAAAGACCUGGGAAACCCUCCGUGGGGUGACGACGGCUGCCAGGAUGCAUGUUCUUCUCAGACCAAAGACCCUGAGACCAAGGCCCAGGCCAGGGUGGACAUUAGGAAGCUGCAGCAGUUCCUCAUGGGACAGCAGGUCAACCCCACCAAGGCCAUGUGCAAUCUUGUCCAUCAGAGGAUGGUCCACCUGAUCCUGCUGCAUGAAGAAGUGUCUCUGCAAUACUUCAUUCCCGCUGUGGCCUAGAAC